GUCAUAAAGUGGCUCGGCAGGCCGGCGUGCACUUACGGCUUUUGCGAUCGAGAGACAUAUGAGCCGGCGACCGCAAGUUCUGCACCCCGACACCCAAUAUGCGCAGGAUUACAGCUUCUGGUGCGGCCGUACUGGUGGUUAUACUAACCCUGGCCGCCAGUGAAGCGGUGAUCCAGUCCGGGUACGCUGGCUGGAACGAUGAUCCAACCACGCAAUACCAUAUCCAGACCGAUGAGGGUCCCGAGCGCUAUUUCCGCUACCAGACGCAGUCCGGUCAGUACCGCAAGGAAAAGCGCCUUGAGGACGGCACCGUGAUCGGCACCUACGGCUGGGUCGACCCGACCGGAAUGUUGUUGCUCCGGGACUACGUCGCCGACAACGCCGGCUACCGCAUCGUCCGCACCAAGAAGGUCUUCGUCGGUCUGGAGGGUGACGCCAAAACCUCCACCCCGGUCGUUUCGCAACCCAAACUUCCGGUGGUGCAGGUCGUGCCCACUCCAACCCCCACCCCCAAUCCCGUGGUAGUGAUCGCCCCCAAACAGCCCAUCCAAACCAACUACCUCUACGACCACCCCGAGAGCGCCAGCAAACCUCAGGCCGCCAAUUUCGGCUCCCACCCCUAUUACACCAGGGACUUUGGCGAGUACGAACCGGUGGUUGGAUAUCAGAGGAAGAAGACAGGCUACUUCGUCAAACCGUCCGUUUAUAAACAACCAACCCCCAGCAACGUCUACGCCCAACCAACCCCUAGCACUGUCUUCGUUCAACCGAACCCCACUUAUAGCCAGCCGGCGUCCAACUCCCUCGAGUACGGCGUCAGGAAGCAGCCUACUUACGCCCCCAUCAGGGUGUACACCCCAGAGCAACAGGACUUCGUCCUCCGUAACCAGGCUUCCCAGGCCUCCUCCGAGUACAAGUACCGUCAGCAAGCGGCCGAUUCUUCGUACGACGGAAUUUCGACCACCCAGAACGGCUUCAAGUACUUCUUGCCCAAGAACUACCACGAGGAGGAGGGCACCGCCACCAACGACCGCACCGGCAGCUACGGCUAUAUCGACCCUUUCGGCAUUAGGCGCGUCGUCUACUACAACUCGUCGCCAGGCAGCGGCUUCCAGGUCAAGAAGAACAACCGGUACGUCGGCUUCGACUCGACCCCGUACGACCCCCGACCUUAAAAAGUUUAGUGUAGUAGUGUGAGUGCGAUUAUUAUUAUUAUUUUUUUUUUACGGUCAGAGAAAGUGCGAGUGAUUAACUUAUUAAGAAAGAAAAGUCCGUCCCAAGACUAAUUUCAAAAGCAGUGGACUAAUUCAAGUAGGGUUUUGAUUAAUCCAGGAAACUAAUUGUGAGAGAGACAUCGGAACACAAAAGAAGGAAUUUUUCAUACACAUGUGAUAAAUUAGGGGUAAUUUUAUGUACGUGUUUAAAUCGCAAAUAAGAGAAAAGCCGGACGGAUGGUAUAUUUUUUCAUAUGCAGUGUUUCGAAAGCAAAAAAUAAAUGUGCAAAACAUCGCCUCUGAUUUAAAAGCACGUGCCAAAUAUUCCCACGCCUGGGAAACGUAAGCAAAUUACGCAUUAAAUGAGAAGAAUGUUAAUUCUUUCAUUCUUUCUUUUGCUAAAAUAUUCAAUCCGUGUGCUGUUUGUAAGCCGCGCGCGAUGAGAUAUUGUGUUACAUCACUCGUGGGAAGCACUCACUCUGUAAUUACCACGCAUCUACAAAAACGAAGACGUUAUGCUAAUGCAAUUUUCAACUACCGUCGAGUGCCGAGAGCUUUCCUUUACAAUUUGCGCUUUAUUCACACCUUUUGUCCAAAUAAAAUGCAUUAUUAGGAAUAAUGACGAAUGAAAACUCCCAUGUUGCGAUGCCAUAGUAACAAACUUAAUUAAAGCCUAAUGGGAGCACUACUUUGAUUUUAAAUAGAAAUUUAGCAGUAAUUUUAAUUUUUCAAUUUUUGUUUAUAAUUACUACCCACAAUCGCAUGUAGCAGUUGAGUGAAAAGGACCUUUUGCAAUCACUGCUCAUUUUUUGAAAAUGUUUUAGAAAAAUGUGCCUGCGAAAUAAUGGGCUCUAGUUGAAGGGUCCAGCAUGUUUGACUGUCAAGUAAGAUUAAUAAUAAAAACGAGAAAAAUGAAUAAAAAACGAAAAUCAUGACUAUAUUAUUUCUUAAAUUACAAAAAUUAAAUUAAAUCUUUCAC